UGACCUCAUCUUAUCCGCCCACCCCGUUCGUGUCUCGUGCUGUGAUUCGGUAGACUUCGGCUUCUCAUUGGCUGCCGGCGGACACCGGAGCAGGUCGCUGUCCUCGGUGCUGAAGUCGCCGCUCGUCGUGAUAAUGUAGCAACACGAGCGAUGAGGCCAAACGGAGCGUCAGCCAAUAAACAGCAAAAUGGACGAUGAUCUGUUCCAGCUGAGACAGCUGCCUGUUGUUCGCUUCCGUCGGACAGGUGAGAGCACACGCUCCGAGGAGGAUGGCGAGACUAGAGAACAGGUUGCCAGGAUUGCCGAGCAGACUGAUCUGGAGUCUGUGGCACUGGCGGAUGGAGCACCAGUGCCUCGAGAGUUUGCCAAUCCAACUGACGAUACAUUUAUGGUGGAAGAUGCAGUGGAAGCUAUUGGCUUUGGGACAUUUCAAUGGAAACUCUCCAUUCUCACUGGCCUGUCCUGGAUGGCUGAUGCUAUGGAGAUGAUGAUCCUCAGCAUCCUCGCCCCUCAGCUCCACUGUGAGUGGAGACUGCCCAGCCUUGAGGUGGCACUUCUUACAUCGGCCGUGUUUAUUGGGAUGAUGAUCAGCUCCUCUCUCUGGGGAAAUAUUUCAGACAAAUAUGGCAGAAAGACGGGUCUGAAGAUGAGCGUGCUGUGGACCAUGUUCUAUGGUUUGAUGAGUGCAUUUGCACCCAUUUAUGGGUGGAUCCUCAUCCUCCGGGCGCUGGUGGGCUUUGGCAUCGGAGGAGCUCCACAGUCGGUGACCCUGUAUGCUGAAUUCCUGCCUAUGAGGUCCAGAGCAACAUGCAUCCUGCUUAUAGAGAUAUUCUGGGCUCUGGGCACCGUGUUUGAAGUGCUCUUAGCGAUCCUGGUGAUGCCCAGUCUGGGCUGGCGCUGGCUGCUCGGCCUCUCGACCAUCCCUCUCUUCAUCUUUGCCAUCCUGUGUUUUUGGCUGCCUGAGAGCGCUCGAUAUGACGUGCUAACUGGAAACCAGGAGAAAGCUCUUGCUACGCUGAAGCGCAUCGCCACGGAGAACGGAGCGCCCAUGCCUCUGGGAAAACUAGUCGCCGCCAGACAGGAGGACCGUGGGAAGAUUCGGGACUUAUUUUCGUCUCACUUCCGUUGGACCACAGUUCUGCUGUGGUUUAUUUGGUUUGCUAAUGCCUUUUCCUAUUAUGGUCUGGUGCUUCUCACCACAGAGUUGUUUCAGGAGGGAGGAGCAUGUGGAAUGUCCAAAGGUGAUAAGAUGGAGCCUCGAUGCAGCCUGGAGUGUAAAUAUUUGAACUCUGACGACUACAAAGACCUCCUGUGGACAACGCUGUCUGAAUUCCCAGGUCUGCUGGUGACACUGUGGGCUAUUGAUCGACUGGGGAGGAGAAAGACCAUGGCGCUGUGUUUCUUUGUCUUCUCCCUGUGCAUCAUUCCACUUUAUGGAUGUGUUGGAAGAGCGUCCAUGACUGUGUUAAUCUUCAUCGCCAGAGCCUUUAUUGCAGGAGGCUUCCAGGCUGCCUAUGUGUACACUCCAGAGGUGUACCCAACAGCAACCAGGGCCUUAGGUCUGGGAACCAGCAGUGGAAUGGCCAGAGUCGGCGCGCUCAUCACGCCUUUCGUGGCACAGGUGAUGCUGGAGUCCUCGGUGUACCUGGCUCUCUCGGUGUACUGCUGCUGCUGCCUGCUGGCUGCCAUUGCCUCCUGCGCACUGCCGAUCGAGACCACGGGGCGAGGCCUGCAGGAGUCCAGCCGCCACGAGUGGGGCCAGGAGAUGGUGGGCCGGGCGCCCGCCCACGGCCAGGCGGGCAUCCCCCACUCCAGCUCUGGCUCCCAGGGCUGAGCACACGGCAGGUGAAACGGGACCCAGAGGAGGCCGCGACAAAGACGAGGAGACAGGCCCCAAAGCUGACCGGGCUUUCCGGGUCCAUCUCCAGUCCCACCCAGUGACUCUUCAAUUCAGACACCUGAGUGGCUUUAGAGAGCCAGACAGCACAACAUUAUAAAAACAUGUGUGUUUUAAUGUUGUCAGUGUUCAACCACCAUUGCUGUCACUAUGUUGGCACCAUAUAAAGACACAAGGAAAGAUAAAAUGACCCACACGCAAACACAUAAAAUAGUAUUAAGAGCAACUAUUUUCUGUUCCGAGAGCCUUAAUUAGAGCUGUUCAGUAUCUAGGGGUUAGAGACCUGCUCAUCCAGUGUGCAAACGCUGCUACUCUUAUAACGCUGGACAUACAGUCUAUGAAUACACAAGAAGGACUAUUAUCCUUAUCCAGUUUCAUUCAAAGCCACUGUUCGAGUACAGUCAUUACAAAGUUAGAUGUUAAAAAGUGCAUCAAGGUCUGACUUCAAACGUCUGUCUAAGUGAAGCUGCACAGCGCGUGCUUCAGUAACCAUCAUGUCCUCUGGGUUGUUAUGUCUAUUAAUUAAAUGAGGGACAUAAAGAAAAUACUCUAGUAAUUAUAAACAAACCACUUUAUAUCCUCACCAUUAUUAGUUUAUUUUAUUCAUAUUUCAUAACACAUAUUAAUGUUUAGUAAUCUCCUGGUCUACUUCACCAUUCACAACCGUCUAACAGGACGAUGGUUCUGUCUCUGUAAAUAAUGUAUCAUUACCUGGUUUAGUCGGCGUCUUUGCUUUUGUUAGUGACAGAGGUGAUGUGAAGACAGACUUUGGCCAUUUUGGUUUCACAAGUAAAUAAUCAAAGGUUUCAUUAAAAAAUAAUACUGAGUAGCUAAAACAGGUCCAGCUGCUCCGAACCUGCAAGUGUUUGAAUAUAGUCCUGCAUUAAGUGUCUGCGUGCACAGAUUCUAGUCAAUGCACUGGAUGUAAAAGUGUAUGAUACAGUAAAUGAUCUUCAAAAUCA